AUGAGAUUCAAAGUAAAUAUGGAAAAAGAUAGGUCUGGACCACGGGUUGAGAUUCUAAAUUGGAGAAAGGUCAAUUUGGAUGGUAUCAGAAAGGAUCUGACGUGUGGUUUGGGACAGGCUGUUUUCUGGCAAUGGUAAGUGGGAGGCCUUCAGAAAUGAAAUUUUGAGCGUGUGGAGUUUGAAUGUGCCUGCCGAAAUAAAAGCUGAAAGGUACCUGGUGCAGGGAGCUGUGCUUUUCAGGAGAUAUUGAGGCCCGGAUCAUUUUGUUCCUCUGAAUGCCUCAGACUGUUGGGUGCUACCAAGACUCAUUAAUGACUACAAAUCAUAAUUCCAAGCCUUGAGCUCAUCUGACUUUUUUUUUUACUCAUUAUCUGUUAGUUUCCAAAAGCUUCCCAAUAGUUUUUGCUCUUUUGUUUGCCCUCACUUUGGCUUUUAUGUUGGCUUUGGCUUCUCAUUUCAGCCAAAGUUGUGUCCUCCUGCCUUUCCAAUACUUCCACUUCUUUGGGAUGUAUCAAUCACUCGGCUCCCGAAUUGUUCCCAGAAACUCUAGCCAUUGCAGCUCCAUUGUCCCUCCUACCUUUUCCCUUCCAAACAAGUUUGGACAACUUCUCUGCCAUAGAAAUAUGGAGAAGUUCAGUACAGAAACAGUCUAUUUGGCCCAUCUAGUCAAUGCCGAAAAAACAUUUAAGCUGUCUAAUACAACUACCUGCUCCGGGAUCAUCACCCUCCAUAACCCUACAAUCCAGGUUGAGAAUGAGAAGGAAUUUAUCUCCAAGACUCUCAAACACGGCACACCAGUUUUGCAGUCUCUGACUAGAUACUUAAGAAGUGGAGCAAGAGAUUCAAUAGACCAUCUGUCCUUCACAGACUGUGGGGAGGGAUUCAAUCGGUCCUUUGGCCAACUAGCAUGUCUGUCUUUUUACGCAGGGGAAAGGCUGUUCACCUGCUCAGACAGUGGGAAUGGAUUGACGCGGUUAUCUCGAUUGAAGGUACAUCAGCAAGUUCACACUGGGUAAGGCCAUUCACCUAUUCCGUGUGUGGGAAGGGAUUCAGUCAGUCUUCCCACCUGUGCACACACCAGUCAGUUCAUAACACACCAGGCAGAGGCUGGUCAUCUGCUGAACUUCUGGGAAAGGAUCCACUCAGUCAUCUGACCUAAUGGCUCAUCAGCGAGUUCACACAGGGGAUAAGCCGUUCACCUGCUCAGAUUGUGGGAAGAGAUUCAUUCAUUCAUCCAGCCUACAGAGACAUCAGCGAGUUCACACUGGGGAGAAGCCGUUCAUCUGCUCAGAAUGUGGGAAGAGAUUCACUCAGUCAUCCACCCUACAGAAUCACCAGCGAGUUCACACUGGGGAGAAGCCAUUCACCUGCACAAUCUGUGGGAAGAGAUUCACCCAGUCAUCCACCCUACUGAGUCACCAGCGAGUUCAUACUGGAGAGAGGCCAUUCACCUGCUUAGACUGUGGGAAGAGAUUCACUCAUUCAUCCACCCUACUGAGUCACAAGCAAGUUCACACGGGGGAGAGGCCGUUUACCUGCUCAGAAUGUGGGAAGGGAUUCAUUGAUUCAUCCAGCCUGCAGAGACACCAGCGAAUUCACACUGGGGAGAAGCCGUUCACCUGCUCAGAAUGUGGGAAGGGAUUCAUUGAUUCAUCCAGCCUACGGAGACAUCAGCGAGUUCACACUGGAAAGAGGCCAUUCGCCUGCUCAGAAUGUGGGAAGGGAUUCAUUCAGUUAUUCCACCUACAGAAUCAUCAGCGAGUUCACACUAGUGUGAGGCCGUUCACCUGCACAAUCUGUGGGAAGAGAUUCACCCAGUCAUCCACCCUACUGAGUCAUCAGCGAGUUCACACUGGAGAGAGGCCAUUCACCUGCUCAGACUGUGGGAAGAGAUUCACUCAUUCAUCCACCCUACUGAGUCACCAGCGAGUUCACACUGGGGAGAGGCCGUUUACCUGCUCAGAAUGUGGGAAGGGAUUCAUUGAUUCAUCCAGCCUACAGAGACAUCAGCGAGUUCACACUGGGGAGAGGCCAUUCACCUGCUCAGAAUGUGGGAAGGGAUUCACUCAGUUAUCCAACCUACUGAGUCAUCAGCGAGUUCACACUGGAGAGAGGCCAUUCGCCUGCUCAGACUGUGGGAAGAGAUUCACUCAUUCGUCCACCGUACUGAGUCAUCAGCGAGUUCACACUGGGGAGAGGCCGUUCAGCUGCUCAGUCUGUGGGAAGAGAUUCACUCGGUCAUCCGACCUACAGAGUCACCAACGAGUUCACAUUAGGGAGAAGCCGUUCACUUGUUCAUUCUGUGGGAAGGGAUUCACUGAGUCAUCCACACUACAGAGUCACCAGCGAGUUCACACUGGAGAGAGGCCAUUCACCUACUCAGUCUGUGGGAAGAGAUUCACUCAGUCAUCCAACCUACAGACUCAUCAGCGAGAUCACACUGGGGAGAAGCCGUUUACCUGCUCAGAUUGUGGGAAAAGAUUCAUUCAUUCAUCCAGCCUGCAGAGACAUCAGCGAGUUCACACUGGGGAGAAGCCAUUCAUCUGCUCAGAAUGUGGGAAGGGAUUCACUGAUUCAUCCAGCCUACAGAGACAUCAGCGAGUUCACACUGGGGAGAAGCCGUUCACCUGCUCAGAAUGUGGGAAGAGAUUCACUCAGUCAUCCACCCUACAGAAUCACCAGCGAGUUCACACUGGGGAGAAGCCAUUCACCUGCACGAUCUGUGGGAAGAGAUUCACCCAGUCAUCCACCCUACUGAGUCAUCGGCGAGUUCACACUGGAGAGAGGCCAUUCACCUGCUCAGACUGUGGGAAGAGAUUCACUCAUUCAUCCACCCUACAGAGACACCAGCGAGUUCACACCGGGGAGAAGCCAUUCAUCUGUUCAUAAUUUGGGAAAGGAUUCACUCAGUCAUCCCAACUACUGGCACACCAGUCAGUUCACAAUGGGGAGUGGCCGUUAUUAUGAAUCCCUAGGUUUUGUUUGCUGUGGACUGUCAUUUUAAGAGAGAGAGACAGAAAUUAGGAUGGUGAGUCAGUCUGACUUGCAGGUUGUUUAAUUUGCUCACAGCUUGUUUAGUUUUAACUGAGGACAGAGACACUCAGAUGGAGAGGAAGGAGGAAAAGUGGAAGGAUUGGAACCGGGGAACUAGUGGCUGAGGGUCACUGUUUGGAACUUUCCUGUGACCACAAGGGUGGGUUAAUUAUCGAUUCACCGUAUAUCGAAUGUGUGGUUAUCACCUCGUUUGAUCCAUGGGUGUGGAUCGGAUUUGGCGUAUCCUGUGAAGACCACUUAUGUGUUAACCCUUGUCUGGGUUUGAUGUGAUAAUUCACUUGAAGAUGAUACCCCUUGUGACAAGUCACUUUCAGUGAUAAUUUGUAUGUGGAUUCGGAACGAUGAAGCAUAAAAUCUACAGCGACUGUUGUCUCGUUUUACCACGGUGGAGCCUGUGGAAUUCGACAUAAUUGCCUUCUCUCGCCAUUUACCCUGGAUUACAAAUAUCGCUCUCAUCAUCUAUUCUGUGGUUGUACUGAACUUUCAUACUCUAACACAUCAAGACUUGAAGCCUUGUUUCCCCCAAGCUUAAUAGUUUGGAAAU